UCAGUCGUACACUUUCAUUCUUAACGUGACGAAGACAAUGGAACUGAAGAAAAACAAUAUACUCUUUUUAUCAAUUUUAUCCACCAUUUUUACCGUUCAAUUGAUAUCUGCACAAGGCUUCAAUCAACCUGGAUACGAUCUCCAUAAAGGUCCAGUUUUCUACGAAGCCUAUUAUUAUCCAGAAAAGCAGAAUUUGCACAAAAGACGUAGUAUUGAAGAAAAAGAUGAAAAUUCAUUGGAGAAAAUAUCACAAAUUUCAAAUACACCAAAUGUCAUGAUUUCAAUUGAUGGAAAUAAUGAAGUUAUUAUCAUUGGCAAUAAAUUAAAACGAAUUCCAAUGCUUGAUGUGCAAAAUGAUAUUAAUAAUUGGUAUAAAGAACGAACGAACGAACGAAUCAAUCAAGAUUCAAUGAGAAAAAUUCAUGAAAAACGACUAAAACAAAUACAAAUCAAUAAUAAUAAUAAUAAUGAUAAUAUAAUGAGUGUGGAAAAAUUAAAAAAUAAUCGCGACAAAUUUCCCCCAACAUUACAAUAUCAAAGAACAGUACAAUAUCCAUUAUAUCAAAGAAAUGAGAAUUUAAAUUUUCCAUCACAAAAUAAGUUCCCACUAAAUAAAAAUUUUCAUGGAAAUUCAAUUUCAAAUCAAUAUCCAAUGAAUUAUAAUUCAAAAAUUGCAAAUUUCCAACACGACAUUAAUGAAAAUGAAAAUCCCAAAUUCGACAAUAGUAAUAAACAAAAUAUUAAUCAAUAUUAUGAAAAUGAAAAUUUAGUAAAUAGAAAAAAAUUCGAUGAUUCAAAGAGUUCACAAGAUUUUUCCGAAUCUCUGCAGGAAAAUAUUUUUGAGCCACGACCACAGAUAAUUAAAUAUCUAUUUUCAACGCCAAGAGAAAAUGGGUAUGGAACAAAGAAAAGUAAUUUCAUCAAUGACGAUGCUCGAAUAGAUGGUGUUAUUAAAGAACCUGAAAUUGCAUCAAUCGAAGUGAGUGAAGAACCUCGGCACAAAAUUCGACACCAUCAUGGAGAGAGAUUGAGGCGCAAUUACUCUCGACAAUAAUUUAUCUGCAAAAAAAGGAAGAGAAAAAAAAUCCCGAGUGGGAGAGAGAGAGAGAGAGAGAAAAAUUUUUCCAAUACACACAAUACUUUCACAAUAAAGCUCAAAAGCUGCGGGUCACUUUUUUUUCCCGAUACGAAACGUUUCAUCAAAUUUUCCACAUUUAUUUUUAAUACACUCAUUUAUAUUAUUAGAAAAUAACGAUAUAAAAUUUUCAAAAAAUUAUAUAAUAAACA